AUGAUACUUAAGCGCACGUUUCUCCUGUUACUACUUUCAAUCGCGGUGAGGGGCCAACAGCUAGAGGAGUCCUUAAGAUUAAACGUGCCUCUCUGGGAUGUGGGUACGCUUUACUCUCGAAUUUCGACUGUUUUUGGAGGAGCUAGCUCCACGCCAGCACCUCAAGCUGCGAAUUCAGCUGGCGCCGCUCCUUGGGGCGACUACUAUAAUGCCCUCCUGCAGGAAUAUUAUAACAAAAAGCAAGGAUUGUACGCUGCCAGCGAGGUGAUACCAGUGGAGCCUUUGCCCUUGCCUAUACCUGUGCCAGUGCCCCUUCCCCGACCCCCGCGUCCUCUGCGUCCCUUGAGGCCUCAAAGACCGACUCGACCAUGGCCCAGACCAACGCAAAAGCCCACGAGAAGAAGCACGACAACCAGGCGGCCAACAACAACCACUAGAAGGACCUCAACCACUCGAACAACUACGACAACUACAACUGCAUCUCCCAUAUCCUCCUCGUCUUCGAGUACUUCAACUCCCAGUGUUCCAACAACGACCGAGGCGCUAAACAGCACCACAAUCGAGCCAACAAGUAAUUCUACUGCAUCAGGAUCCUCAACAACUGAAGGAUCUUCUACAACGGGAGGAUCUUCUACAACGGGAGGAUCUUCAACAACGGGCGGAUCGUCCACAACAGGAUUUUUCCCAACAGAAUCAUCAUCAUCCUCGACUAUAAUUUCGAGUUCCAAAUAUUUACCAAUCAGUACACCCAAAAUAAAUAUGCAAGCUACAACAGCCAAUCCUUUCUACUCGCAUCCCAGCCAGUUCCAAUAUACUCCCAUCAGGAGCCCCACUGUUCUCAGUCAAGAAGGAUCGGCUCCUGACGAGCUUCGACCUGAACAGAAACUAACAGUACAGUCGCCACCUCAGUCAUUGACUUCGCUAUGCCACAAUUAUCCAAGGCUCUGUGCCAAGCCCGAGGAGGCGCAAUAUGUGCGGCUAAUAGAUGGAUUCGGAAAACCUAUGCUACUCAUAAGGCCUGGAGCAGUGGAGGAACCAACUCUGCCCAUUGUGAGGCCAAUAAACUCUAUGCAGCGGCCUUUUAGAACGCGGCCAUCCCGACGAAAGAGGCCAUCUAGAAGCCGGUACGUUUACCGAUUGAUUAAGAAAAGGAAAAAUCAA